AUGUCCGAAUCUAAGAGUUCUCUUCUUGCUGACGAACGUAUCUGGUAUGAUCAAUUUACUUCGACCGACUGGGUCCGCGAUAGUAUCGCCGAUUCCUACCGAGUUAAACAGUUGCGGGGGAGAAAAGGCUUUUGGGGUAGACUCGUCGUCUUAUUUGAUGGCGCCCAAGGCUGGAUACUGAGUGCUCUUGUUGGCGUUCUAGUCGCGCUAGUUGCUUAUUGCGUGGAUGUGGCUGAGACAACUAUCUUUGACUACAAGGAUGGCUAUUGCGCGCGAGCAUGGUAUUUAAGAGAAAAGAGGUGUUGUCCCCACGGUCCAUGUACCGAUUGGCGAUCUUGGUCCGAAGUUCUUGGAGGCCAUCCCUUCGGCGAGGUUUGGACUCAAUUUGGAAUUUACGUCAUCGCCGUCCUGUUACUCGCGGUGCUCUCAUGUCUGCUCACCUUAACGACUAAGACGGUGGUUCCUUCAGCCUACCGAAUGUCAACACUAGAUGAGAACUUAGCUGCUGAUUAUUAUCAGCAACAGGAAGAUAACCAUAACCAUAACGAUGAGAACGGAAGUAUUAGUCCUAGGGCGGUACGGCCACCGCAAGCCGACCCGCCACCACCCAUGGUGUACUAUUCCGCAGCUGGCAGUGGCGUCGCCGAAGUUCGUGUCAUUCUUAGCGGAUUCGUUUUGCAUGGCUUUCUCGGUUUCAAGACUCUCGUCGUCAAAUCUGUGGGAUUGAUCUUGAGUGUGGCCUCUGGCCUAAGCUUAGGUAAAGAAGGUCCCUACGUCCAUAUUGCGGCUUGUAUUGGCAAUAUUUGCUGUCGAAUUUUCUCUAAGUACGAUCAUAACGACGGUAAGAGGCGCGAAGUAUUAUCUGCUGCAGCCGCGGCAGGUAUAGUUGUUGCGUUUGGAGCUCCUCUCGGUGGCGUUCUAUUCGGUCUCGAGGAGGUUGCCUAUUACUUCCCAGCCAAGACGCUUUUUCGUACCUUCUUUUGCUGUAUUGUCGCAGCUCUGUCCUUGAAGUUUCUUAACCCGUAUGGCACUCACAAGAUCGUCAUGUUCGAAAUCCGGUACAAAAUCGACUGGGAGUGGUUUGAAUUAUUCGGCUUCAUCUUAGUAGGAAUUCUAGGCGGUGCUAUCGGUGCUUUUUUUAUCAAGGCUUCGCGUCGUUGGGCUCUAUCCUUCCGUAAGAUUCCAGUCAUCAAGAAAUACCCACUGUUCGAAGUUGUGCUGGUGGCGCUGGUAACAGGACUCAUAGGAUAUUGGAACACCUUAACUAAGCUUCCGGUAGCGAAGCUCUUGCUGAAUCUUGCUGCACCGUGCCAAGACGACAGCAGGGAUUCUGAGUUAGGGCUAUGUCCAUCGAAUAUUGAUGAUAUACCCGGGAUUAUUCGAAACAUCCUUGCCGCUUUUAUCAUCAAGACGUUUUUGACAACCAUCACGUUUGGUAUUAAGGUUCCUGCCGGUAUCUAUGUCCCUUCUAUGGUUAUCGGUGGCCUCAUGGGGAGGGUUGUAGGUCAUCUUGUUCAAUGGAUAGUACUUCGGUUUCCACACUGGAGUAUCUGGGGGACCUGCCCGCUUCUUCAAGAGUCUACGUGUGUUCAGCCCGGCGUGUAUGCGCUCAUUGCUGCGGGUUCAACAAUGUGUGGCGUAACGAGACUAUCCGUCACCCUCGCGGUCAUCCUCUUCGAACUUACCGGAAGCUUGGACUACGUCCUGCCUUUCUCCUUAGCUAUUCUCGUCGCUAAAUGGACAGCGGAUGCCCUGGAGCCGCUCAGUAUCUACGACCUCCUUACUAACAUGAAUGCUUAUCCAUAUCUGGAUAACAAACAUAAACCGGUCUUCACCUCUGAGUUCGCUGCUAUAGUCCCCCGCGUUCGCCGGGAACGUGUCAUUGACAUAAGUGACUCACCGCUAGUCCCGGCCACACAACUCCGUGACCAACUCGAACUGCUUCAUCUGGCCGGUGAGUUGGACGGAGGAUUACCAAUUGUUAGGGAUGACAUCCUUGUCGGCCUGAUCCCGGCCCCUGACUUGGAAUAUGCCCUGGAUAACCUCGAUGACGAGAGCUCCAGCCUCUGUCUCAUGGCGAAUAUACCAAGCAUCGACGAAAAUGAGUCUCCAGAGCGGGAUCCUACCGAUUUCACCCCCUACAUAGACCCAGCUCCCUUUGCUCUAGAUAUUAAUUCCCCCAUGGACUUGGUGUACGAAUGCUUUGCGAAGCUCGGCUUGCGAUAUAUCUGCGCGUUAAGAGACGGAUGCUAUGCCGGAAUGACUCACAAGAAGAGAUUUGUGAAGUAUAUGCGCGAAUUGGAGGAGAGGGAGUACAGUCACUAUUAA